AUGGUCAACGUGUUUGUCGUGGCUGCAUGGUUUGGAUGCUGGAUUCUCGGCGGCGGUGACAUUCUGGCAGAAGCAAUGUUGAAGCGAGCUGGCGGGGCUGCUGCAUCUUUGAACGACGAUCCUUGUGUUGAUGCUGCAGACUACUUCAUCAGCUUGCCUGCGUCGGAGUUUUGA